AUGAAGGUGGGCGUGCUGCCCGAUCGCGUUCUGCCCACGCUGCUCGAGGACCGCCUGGUGCAGAAGGGCACCAUCCUGCAGUUCACCACCGAGUUCUACGUGGACUUCCUGUCCAGCGACAGCGUGGAGACGCUGAUGGAGACGCUGCGCAAGGCACGGCUGGAGGGGCGCCUGCUGGAGUUCUUCCCGCAGCAGAAGCAGUCCUGGGCGGACUUUGAGGACCACUUCAACGCCGCGGGCCUGAAGACGCUGGUGGAGUACAGCCGGCGCAAGCUGUACGACGCCCACUGCGCGGAGCUGCGUGCCUUCGUCCGCGACACGGUGGCGGAGGGUGGCGAGGGCGCCGCGCUGGGCGCGCUGGUUCCCGCCAUGCAGGCGCGGCAGGAGGAGUGGAGCCUGGCUGACGGCGACGUCGCGCGCGCCGCCUUCCUGGGCCUGGCCGACAGCGUGCUGGCCUCCGCCAUCGGGCGCAACCAGCAGCAGGUGCAGUUCAACGUGCUGCGCACGGUGCGGCAUUACGCACCCGCCCUGGCGCGCUUUGCGCGCGCGCCACGUCUGGAGGCGGCCCUGCUCCAGACCGUGCAGGUGACGUGCUACGAGGAGUCGCGCCUGCUCAAGAUCUUCAAGGACAUCGUCAAGAUCCUUUACGACUGCGAGGUCAUCGGCGAGACCGCCAUCCGCCACUGGUACACCAAGGGGUCCAACGCCAAGGGGCGCAACGUCUUCCUCCAGGACAUGCAGCCCUUCAUGCAGUGGCUGGACGAGGCAGAGGAGGAGGAGAGCAGCGAGGAAGAGGAGUAG